AAUUCUAUCAAAGGAUGUCGAAGUUUACGACUAUUCCACUAUGUCUCCUUACCUUAUUCCUCUGCACCAACUCGUUUUCCGACCAAAACGACGGCGUCCCGAGCUCUCAGUCGCCACUUCUGGUCAGAAGGCAUCAACGGACGCAGCUCGUUGCUACAGAGUUUGGAGAGAUAUCAGCAGUACAUAUCGGAGAAGAAUACACUAUCCAGUUCAUAACAUUGGAGCCAAACGCACUCCUGCUUCCUCUUCUUCUCCAUUCCGACAUGGUUUUCUUUGUCCACACUGGUACUGGGGUUUUGAAUUGGCUCGACAAGGAGAAAGAGAGGACGCUAGAACUAAAACGAGGAGAUGUUUUUAGGCUGCGUUACGGUACAGUUUUCUACCUACAUUGCAACUUGGAGAGAGAUGAAGUUCCAGAUAAGCUUAGAGUUUACGCAAUCUUCGAUGUCGGGAAGUGUUUAUCUGAUCAAUGUCUAGGAGCGUACUCGAGUAUUAGAGACUUGUUAUGGGGAUUUGAUGAGAAAACUCUCCGGUCAGCUUUUGCGGUUCCUAAGGACGUUUUUGGAAGGCUAAGAGAUGCUGUGAAGCCUCCGUUGAUCACACAUGCUAUGCCAAAAAACAGAACACAAGGGUCAGAGGAGGAGACGUGGGGAUCACGGCUAGCCAAACUCUUUGUCAGAGUUGAAGACGUGACUGAUCAUUUGGAGAUGAAACCGGUUGUUAAUAAGAAGAAGAAGAAGAAGUCCAGUGCUUACAAUGUUUUUGAAUCUGAUCCAGACUUUGAGAAUGACAAUGGCCAGAGCAUAGUAGUUGACGAGAAGGAUAUGGAUGCUUUAAAGGGUUCAAGUUUUGGAGUUUAUAUGGUUAAUUUAACGAAGGGGUCGAUGAUGGGGCCUCACUGGAACCCUAAUGCUUGUGAGAUAUCGAUUGUGUUACAAGGAGAAGGGAUGAUUCGGGUUGUUAACCACCCCUCGUAUCAAAGCAAGAACGAGAGUGAGAGGUUCAUGGUUGAGGAUGGGGAUGUUUUUGUUGUGCCGCAGUUUUAUCCUAUGGCUCAGUUGUCUUUCGUAAACAGUUCUUUCAUGUUUAUGGGAUUUAGCACUUCGGCUAAGACGAACCACCCUCAGUUCCUAGUAGGGCAGAACUCGGUUCUGAAGAUAUUCAACCGGGACGUACUUGCCACGUCUUUCAACAUGAGAUAUGAGACUGUUGAGAGGUUGUUGGGAGCUCAGAAACAUGGUUUGAUGUUGGAGUGUGUGUCUUGUGCGGAAGUGGAGCUUUCUAGGCUUAUGAGAGAGAUUGAAGAGAGGAGAAGACGUGAGGAGGAAGAAAUUGAGCGGAGAAAGAGAAAGAGAGAGGAAGCCAGGAGACAAGAAGAGGAGAGGAGGAGACGUGAGGAAGAAGAAGCUGAGCGAAAGAGGAAAGCAGAGGAGGAGGCAAGAAAGAGAGAAGAAGAAAGGGAGAGAGAGGAAGAGGCUGCUAAGAGGCGUGAGGAGGAAAGGAGGAGGCGUGAGGAAGAAGAAGCUGAGAGAAAAAGAAAAGAAGAAGAGGAGGCGAGAAAGAGAGAAGAAGAAAGAAAGAGGGAGGAGGAGGCUGCUAAGAAACGAGAAGAAGAGAGGAGGAAACGUGAGAAAGAAGAAGAAGAGGCAAGAAAGAGAGAAGAAGCAAGGGAGAGAGAGGAGGAGGAAGCCAAGAAACGGGAUAUCGAAGAAAGGAGGAAGCGUGAGGAAGAAGAAGCUGAGCGUAAAAGAAAAGCAGAAGAGGAAGCAAGACAGAGAGAAGAAGCAAGGGAGAGAGAGGAAGAGGAAGAAAAGGAAGCGGCUAGGAAGAGAGAAGAAGAAAGGGAAAAGGAAGAAGAGAUGGCUAAGAGACGAGAGGAAGAGAGGCAGAGGAAGGAGAGAGAAGAGGUGGAGAGGAAGAAACGUGAAGAGGAAGCUAUGAGAAGAGAAGAGGAGAGAAAGAGAGAAGAAGAAGCUGCUAAAAGAGCAGAGGAGGAACGAAGAAAGCGAGAAGAAGAACAUAAGAAGAGGCCACCGCCACAAGGCCCACAACCACCUAUCCACCACUGAUGUGUGAUACAAGUAAAGGCCGAAAUUCUAGUUUUCAUACCCUUCUUAACUGUUUUUUUUUUUGUAUGCUUCAGAUUUUUGUAAAUCGAGGCUGAGAAAUAAUAUAAAAUAAUGGUUUGUCUGA